GCGCGGUGGUCUUUCGCGGUUUGGCCACACUGCCGAACUCAAUCAAAAAGUUAAAUCCGUAACUCUCGCGAUUUCUCUGCAUUAUCCUGCGAUCCGAGUUUACCUGUUCUCUCGACUUUCUGCCUCCCAGAGGCGUCAGCCCAGAAAGAAAACCCCCUUUGGGAUCACAGCCCCCGCAAAAAAAGGGGCGAACGUUCCAUCAUUGCAGCCAAUGAAAUCCCACAAGUGAAUCGCGUUGAAACCGAAAGUCGCGUGCGUGAUUCGUUCGAUAUCGGUCGUUAUAUAGCCGCCAUAUAAUCGGGGACAGCAGCCGAGAUGAGCGACUGGUGCACGGAGUACGCCAAGUUCCGCUACUACAUGGAGAACUGCUACGUGCUGCCUUUGGAGCUGAAGAACGACAUCGUUUAUUGCCAGCGUGCGAUGCGCGACUUCCUCAAGGUCCACGGGUUGGUCACGGACGUCUUCAAGGAGCAGGCGGAUGCGGAUCCCGUGCAGAUGCGCCGCAUCCUGGACGAGCUGGAGGACGAGGUGUACGAGAUCAACGCCGAGCAGCAGUUCCUCCUCCUCCGCCUGAACGACGACCUGGAGGGCUUCUACGUGAAGCUGGAGGAGAACAACAUCGAGAGCGUUCCGGAGCUGGCCAACGAGUUCGUGUCCCGGCAGAUAGUGCCCCUGAUCUCCGACCCCAGCUACAAGAUCUGCCCGCAGUCGGUGAUGAGCCGCGACACCGAGGAGAUGCUCAUCCGCAAGCACUUCCUGCUCAGCCAGGACGACGAGGCGGGAGUGCCGCCGCUGAAGCUGAGCGACCUGGACGAGAACAUACCGCUGAUGCUGGCUCCUCCGGUCAGGGGACUGGGCCAGCAGAUCGCCGCCGUCCAUCCGCAGGCCAGUUGGCCGAAGCAGGAGAAGGUGCCACUGGCCCAGCCACCGCCGCUCAAGUCCCAGUCGGAGAUGCUAAAGCGAUCGCUGGAAGCUGCGCCCCUGAAGCGGCGGAACAUCACCUGCAGCUCGCCGCCGCCGCUGGCGCCCAUCACCAAGACCCUGGUGGCUCCACAGCCACAGGCGGCGGCACCUGCGCUGCCCCAGAGCCAGAACCAGACGACCUCGCCGCCCGACUUCGAGGUGGUGGCCCAGAGCAGGAAGAACCUGCACCAGGCGCUCAAGCGGGCCAGGAAGACCAAGCAGCAGCCGCGCCUCUUCGACGACGAGGAGGAGCUGGAGAUCACCAGUCUGGAGAACGGGCGGAAGUCCAAGAGUGGCGAGGGCAGGAAGACACCGCCACCGCUGGAGAUCGUGACGGACCAGGCAUCCAAUGUUCUGGCCAAGAAGUCGGCAGCUCAACUGCCGCUCCAGGGAACGGGGAAGAACUCGGUGAAGACCAGGAACACCCGACGCAAAUCCUCGCCAACGCCGUCGUCUUCCUCCCAGUUGCAAUCCCAAUCCCAAUCCCAAUCGCAUUCGCAACCGCAACCGCAGCCAGCGGGAUCGCCGUCGGGCAGUUCGGACGACUCCAGUGCGGAGUUGCAGCAGGAGCAGCAGCGACUGUUCGCCUCCGCCGCCCAGUGGCGGGAUGAGCCGCGCGAGAGCCGCAUCCUGCCGGCGGAGUACGGCCAGGAGACCUUCCUCGGCCUCUUUGGGCUGUACACACCCGAGGUGCUGAAGAAGCUCAACCAGCGGCACUCGAAGCGCAAGCGACGCACCGUCCAGAACGCCAGUGGCGUGGACUUCCACUACGGCCAGCAGCUGAAUGCCAUGGACACGCUGGUCCUGGGCAUUCGCGGCCACAAGAAGGCCAAGGACAAGCCGGAGUUCCUGCUCUCGCCGAAGGAGAAGCGCCUGCAGGCGAACUCGAAAAGGGCGUACACGCGGAAGAGCAAGUCCCCGGAUAAGGUUACCGAGAAGAUCUCCACUGCAGGAGCAGCUGGAGGAGCGGCUGGAGGAGGAUCGGCGGUGACCGGAAGUGGAGUGCCGGGCUGCCAGCACGGGGAGAGUGGCGCCUCCAGGUGCCGCAAGUGCCGCGAGUGCCGCGAAUGCAAGCGGCGAGUCGAGCGCGAAGCGAUGUACUGCCAUUUAUGCAGUGGUUUCUACCACAUGGACUGCCACGAGGCCACCAAGAACCGGCAGCAGAUGCAGCUGCAGAACUCCCGGUGUCCGGCGUGUCUGCGCGAUCAGUCGGAGAAGCUGCGGGACGCCAAGUGAACUGGACAGCGGAUCCUCCUUUAUGUUUUCUAUUUUUUUUCUCCUGGUUACCGAGCGGAAACCACGUGUUGUUGGAUGGAACAGUGGGCUCCUUGGCCGCAUGGACACGGGCAUUUAUUAGACGCCUCCCUUCGUUCAUUUUUUCGCCUUUUUACCUUUUGUCAGCGCGAACGAAGGAAAGCAUUGAUUAAAAGUUUUUUUUCCUACAUUAUCGCAUUCAAGCAAGCCUCCUAGAUAAGUUUGUAUGUUAAGUGCAUACGCAAGUGAUUCAAAUAAAUAUAUAAACAGCA